GCUGUGGACUUGUUUGAGAUGAUUGAAAAAAUGCAGGGGAGUCGUCUGGACGAACAAAGAUGUUCCCUUCCAGCUCCUCUCAAGACAGAAGAGGAGUAUAUUCCUUACCCCAGCAUCCAUGAGGUAUUACAGAAAGGGUGGCCAUAUCCUCUGAUUAUCUUACCCCAGUUUGGGGGCUACUGGAUUGAAGGGACCAGCCACAACCUCUCCAGCAUGAGUCCAACUCUGUCUGAUGUACCCUUUACCUGGAGUGGUAAAGUGAAACUGGAAAGUGACCCUACAGCCAAGCUGUACCGCAAACAUUUUCUGGGGAAGGAGCACCAGAACUUUUACUCCAGUGACAUGUCCUUGGGCUACCUGGUACUUUCUGUGAAGUAUGAACAGAUUGAGAAACAGGAAAAUCUACGCCUGUUGCUGAGGACUCGGACUGGCACCAAACAUGACCUGAUCCCCAUUUCCUGUCUGAAUGAGUUUCCCAAUGCUGUCCAGAUGGCAAAGCUACUGUGUGAGGAUGUGAAUGUUGAACGCUUCUUUCCUGUCCUCUACCCCAAGGCUUCGCAGCUUAUUGUUGCUUUUGAUGAACAUGUCAUAAGCAAUAACUUCAAAUUUGGGGUCAUCUACCAGAAACCUGGACAGACGACUGAAGAAGAAGUCUUCAGUAACACAGAAGAGAGUCUGGGUUUCCUGGAGUUCCUGGAUUUCCUUGGUGACAAGAUUCAGCUGCAGGAUUUCCGUGGGUUCCGGGGAGGCUUGGAUGUUACCAGAGGUCAAACGGGCACUGAGUCGGUCUAUACAAAUUUCCAGGGCAAGGAGAUCAUGUUUCAUGUGUCUACAAAGCUGCCCUUCACAGAGGGAGAUUCCCAGCAGCUUCAGCGGAAGCGUCACAUUGGGAAUGACAUUGUAGCCAUCAUCUUCCAGGAUGAAAGCACACCUUUUGUCCCUGAUAUGAUUGCUUCUAAUUUCCUACAUGCUUAUGUGGUAGUUCAGCUCACUCAUGACACCACUGGGGACACUCUCUACAAGGUUUCAGUCACAGCCCGAGAUGAUGUCCCCUUCUUUGGACCCCCUCUGCCAAAUCCAGCCGUAUUUAGAAAGAGUGCAGAGUUUCGUGAAUUCCUCCUGGUCAAGCUCAUCAAUGCUGAGUACAGCUGCUAUCGAGCUGAGAAAUUUGCUAAAUUAGAGGAAAGAACCCGGAGUGCCCUCUUGGAGAGCCUUUUUGAGGAGCUGCAGCUUCGCAGCCGCAGUAUGAUGGGAUUACCCAUAGGGGACGAUGACAAGAUAGAGAAUGGCAGUGGGGGCUUCCUCGAGAAUUUCAAGCGGGUGAUCAGAGGCCGCAGCCAGAGCCUGGAUACCAUGGGGAUAUCCAUGAGAAAGCAGCAGCCAGCCACCCUGCCCAGCCGCCCAACUACAGCUGGCCUUGCCCUCAGCCAGAGUGUCGCCGAGGGCCCUAAGGCCAUUGCUGCGUCUUUUGCCUUGCCUGGUAGGAGCCCAUCGCGUACUCGAGCCAGCCGCUUUCACGGGCGACGGAGUAGUGCCAUUGGCAUUGAGAACAUACAGGAGGAAAAGAGCAGAGACACUGCAGAGAGGAUACAGAAGGUGCUGGACAGUCCAGGAACUUUCUUUGACUUGAAGUCUGAUGGAUCAUCCAGUCCCAGCUCCCCAGAGUUCCCUAGCAGGAAGAGCAAAAUGCUCAGGAGUCAGACUUCAGGAUACUGUGUGAUGCAGCCAUUCUCACGUUCUUCAUCCACUGUAAGCAGUUGUUGUAGUGGUUUGAGGGAAAAUGAAACAUCUGAGGAAGAGGAGAAUGACAGGGAGCUGACGUGCUCUCUUGAGGGCCCUCCCAAACAGGAUUCAGUGGUUCAGAGUAUGUGGCUGGAUAACAGUGACGGCACACCCAGUACUUCCAGCUCACCAGGAAGCAGGUUGCUUCCUUCCAGCAGUGUUGCUGGCUCCACUGGAAAAGGAAAAGGCAGCAAAGCAGAUGCUCAGCACCAUAAUCCAGCCUCCAUUUUGUGCUGCGUGUGAGGUCACCGCUGGAGGACUGUCUUGGUGCACACUGGGUGAGGAGCACAGGCUGGAUUUGCCUAACGACUAAUGGGUGCACUUGUGGAAAGGAGGAAGUUCUCAAAUUAUAGGAUAUUUCCUGAAGAGAUGAAAGAGGUGUAAGAAGGAAAAAUUAUGGAUGGGGGAACAAAUGAUACUCGCACACUUACAGCUGUAAGAAC